CCCGACAUAUAAAUCUUAUAAGUUUGCCCCAGGGCUGGUUCCGCCCCUGCUGAGAAGACGAAGGAGGGGGUCGGGGAGCAGAGAAGACCUGAGGCCCAACGGAGAUGAAGCAAGACUGGAAUCCAUUGGAAGGGAUUAUGGUGGAGCGUUGUUGCGUCCUUUCAAUGAGGGCGCACUCUUCCUCUCCGGCUUCCUCCUUUCUUAUUUGCUCCUUCACUGAUCCCUUACCGUGUUCCGUCUUCGCCUUCCGGGCUUCUUGGUCCGCCGAUGACUGGAUAGACGACGAUCCGUUCCCUGCUAGCUCGUUCGGCGAAACUGCCGUCGAUAACUCUCUCUUCCCUUCGCUCAGGAGCCUCGGUAACGACGUCCCCGCUUUAGUUAAUCUCGCGUUCCUCCGCUCCUUCCAAAGAAUCCUUGCGGAAGGCAGGCUCCAAGCUGAGGUUCAUAGGGUUGUAGCUGAGAAGAAGCAGAUAGUUUUUACUGGCCAUUCUUUUGGAGGAGCAAUGUCAGUCCUUGCGACAAUUUGGCUCCUUGAGCAAUGUGUCAAAUUUGACAAUAAAAGUCAAGUAAUUCCUUUCUGUUUGACUUUCGGGUCUCCACUUGUAGGUGAUGGUGUUUUUUGUCAUUCUCUACAUCGAGAAGGGUGGUCGCGCUGUUUCUUUCAUUUUGUGAUGCCAUUAGAUAUCAUUCCACGAAUUUUAUUAACACCAUUGGCAUCUUGUAAAGAAGAACUUCAGGCCAUUCUGCAUUUGGCAUGCCCUAAAUAUCUUUACUUCAGCCUUGAUGUCAUUGGGAACUCUCAGCUUGUGGCAUUCUUCUACAGCACUAUAUUGAGAAAUGCACUAUUACUUUCCUGUCAUAGGGCCUGUUUAGCCAUGGGAUGUGCAAACCCAUUCUUUGGAUCCUUAUCUGCAUUUGUUAAGCUUUCUCCUUACAGACCAUUUGGCACAUACUGUUUCUUCACCAGGAAGGGGCGACUAGUUAACUUUAAGAACUCAGAUGCUAUUCUGCAUUUGCUAUUUUAUUGUCUCCAACUGAAUCCUGAACAGGAGCUGGCAGAGCUUGCCUAUGGUAGUCUUAAGGAGCAUCUUCAGUAUGACACAAAAGUAAAAGAAUACUUGGAGGUGCAAUAUUUUGUUGAUGUAGAUUAUUUAGAGAGAAUUCCAUUGUCCAUUAAUGAUACCCUUAGCAAUGAUAGGCAGGUAUUUGGGGUAAAUUUUGAAGAUCUUGACCUCGUAAGUGUACCUUUCUCCAAUUGCUUAAGCUUCUAGCAUUGCUUGUUAAAAGGAUAAUGGAAUUUUUUUUUUCUUAA